GUGGAGCCGGUGUAAGCGGCACCGGGGCUGCAGCCGGCUGCGGGCCCCCCCCUGGCCCCCCCCAGCCCCGGGGGGGGAGCCCGGCCCUCCCCCGGCCCAGCCAUGCCCGCCGGUAGCAACGAGCCCGACGGGAUCCUCAGCUACCAGAGACACGACGAAGAGGCAGUGAUUGACCGGGGAAGAACGAGCAAUGUUGUCAAUAUUCACUAUGAGAAGGAGGAGUUGGAAGGCCACCGGACCCUGUACGUGGGUGUGCGGAUGCCGCUGGUGAGGCAGAGCCACCGGCAUCACCGACCCCACAGCCAGAAGCAUCGGAAACGGGAACGGGAGAAGGACUCUGCUCCGACGGAGCAGGGCUACCACUACACCCCGUCCCAACGGGUGCAGUUCAUCCUCGGGACCGAGGAGGACGAGCAGCAUGUUCCCCACGACUUGUUCACCGAGCUAGAUGAGAUCUGCGUGAAAGAAGGUGAAGAUGCCGAGUGGAAGGAAACGGCAAGGUGGCUGAAGUUUGAGGAGGACGUGGAAGACGGCGGUGAGCGCUGGAGCAAGCCCUACGUGGCCACGCUGUCCCUGCACAGCCUCUUUGAGCUGAGGAGCUGCAUCAUCAACGGGACAGUGCUGCUGGACAUUUGUGCCAACAGCAUCGAAGAGAUUGCAGAUAUGAUCCUGGGCCAGCAAGAACAGUCCACAGAGUUUGAUGAGCGCAUGCGGGCGAAAGUUCGAGAAGUCCUUUUGAAGAAGCAUCACCAUCAGAACGAGAAGAAAAGAAACAACCUUCUCCCCAUUGUCCGCUCAUUUGCUGAUGUGAGCAAGAGGCAGUCGGACCUGCACCUCCUCGACAAGCCAGCCCAAACACUCACCCCUCAUCCUUCUCCCACCACUGCAGAAGCUAAAAAUGGGGUGAACCACGAGACCGGCGCAAUGGAUUUAAGCAAGGCGGAGCUGCAUUUCAUGAAGAAAAUUCCCACCGGGGCCGAAGCAUCCAAUGUGCUCGUAGGAGAGCUGGAUUUCCUUCGCCAGCCCAUCGUGGCAUUUGUCCGCCUGACACCGGCUGUCCUCCUCUCAGGCAUGACAGAAGUUCCCAUCCCAACGAGGUUCCUGUUUGUUUUGCUUGGGCCAGAAGGCAAAGCCCAUCAGUACCAUGAGAUUGGCAGGUCCAUGGCUACUAUCAUGACGGAUGAGGUUUUCCAUGAUGUUGCCUAUAAAGCCAAGAACCAGACUGACCUCGUGGCCGGCAUCGACGAGUUUCUGGAUCAGGUCACGGUCUUGCCGCCAGGAGAGUGGGAUCCAUCGAUCCGAAUCGAGCCCCCCAAAAACGUCCCUUCGCAGGAAAAAAGGAAGAUGCCAGGAGCUCUCGAUGACAAUGCUUCUCACAGCAAGCCGGAGAAACACAGUGGUCCUGAACUGGAGCGGACGGGAAGGCUCUUUGGAGGUUUGAUCCUGGAUGUGAAGCGGAAAGCCCCGUGGUUCUGGAGUGACUUUCGGGAUGGUCUGAGCCUGCAGUGUCUGGCAUCCUUCCUUUUCCUCUACUGUGCCUGCAUGUCCCCUGUCAUCACCUUCGGGGGACUGCUGGGGGAGGCGACCAGUGGCCACAUAAGUGCCAUGGAGUCGCUGCUGGGCGCGUCCAUGACCGGCGUGGUGUAUUCCCUCUUUGCCGGCCAACCUCUCACCAUCCUCGGCAGCACCGGACCCGUCCUCGUGUUUGAGAAGAUUCUCUACAAAUUCUGCAAGGAGUACACGCUCUCCUAUCUCUCUCUGCGGGUGUGCAUCGGGCUGUGGACCGCCUUCUUCUGCAUAGUGCUGGUGGCCACCGACGCCAGCUGUUUGGUGUGCUACAUCACCCGCUUCACCGAAGAAGCCUUCGCCUCCCUCAUCUGCAUCAUCUUCAUCUACGAGGCUCUCGAGAAGCUAAGUCACCUGCGAGAGACCUACCCUGUGCACAUGCACAGCAAGCUCGACUUCCUCACCAUCUACUACUGUAAGUGUGAGGCACCGACCCAUCCCAGCAACGAAACCCUGCGUUUCUGGGAGAGCAACAAGAUCAACGUGUCUGGUGUCACCUGGCAAAACCUCACGGUGACCGAAUGUCGGUAUUUGCAUGGAGAGUUUCAAGGACCUGCCUGUGGACGCAAUGGCCCCUACACGCCUAAUGUCCUCUUCUGGUGCUGCAUCCUCUUCUUCUCCACCUUUGUCCUGUCGAGCUUAUUGAAGAAGUUUAAAACCAGCCGUUACUUCCCAACCAGAGUACGGUCCACAGUGAGCGACUUUGCUGUUUUCCUCACCAUUGUCAUCAUGGUGCUCAUCGACUUCAUGGUUGGAAUCCCGUCACCGAAGCUCCACGUCCCCCAUAUGUUCAAGCCUACCAGAGACGACCGCGGGUGGUUCAUCAACCCCAUAGGACCCAACCCUUGGUGGACGGUGUUGGCUGCGCUCAUCCCAGCUCUGCUCUGCACCAUCUUGAUAUUCAUGGACCAGCAGAUCACUGCCGUUAUUGUGAACAGGAAGGAGCACAGGCUGAAGAAAGGAUGCGGGUACCACCUGGACCUCUUCAUGGUGGCCGUGAUGCUCGGGGUGUGCUCCGUGAUGGGGCUGCCCUGGUUUGUGGCUGCGACCGUGCUGUCCAUCACCCACGUGAAUAGCCUCAAAGUAGAGUCUGACUGCUCAGCUCCAGGAGAACAACCCAAGUUUCUGGGGAUACGAGAGCAGAGAGUCACUGGCUUGAUGAUCUUUGUGCUCAUGGGCUGCUCUGUCUUCUUCACUUCUGUGUUAAAGUUUAUACCAAUGCCUGUGCUUUAUGGGGUCUUUCUCUACAUGGGUGUGUCAUCGCUCAGAGGAAUUCAGUUCUUCGAUCGCUUGAAGCUGUUUUGGAUGCCGGCGAAACACCAGCCGGAUUUCAUCUACCUGCGGCACGUCCCCUUGCGAAAGGUGCAUUUCUUCACGGCGAUCCAGCUGAUCUGCCUCGUUCUGCUCUGGGCCAUCAAGGUGUCCCGUGCCGCCAUCAUCUUUCCCAUGAUGGUUUUGGCUCUUGUUUUUGUCCGGAAAGUAAUGGAUUUCUGCUUCUCAAAGCGAGAGCUUAGCUUUCUGGAUGACCUUAUGCCAGAAAGCAAGAAGAAGAAGUUGGACGAUGCCAAAAAUGAAGCCAAAGAAGAAGAGGAGUCCCAGAAGAUGAUGGAAGCUGCUGCUGCAAAUUCAGUUCAGCUGAAACUUGGGAAGACCAGCAACUUGGAUAUCCCAAAGCAAAGCAGUGACAGGACUGAUCCUUCCGAGAUUAAUAUCUCCGAUGAAAUGUCGAAAACAACCGUAUGGAAGGCUCUCACUAUGAACACAGAAACGCUCUGAAUCUGGGGAGGAAAAAGUUUUCAUGUUUAGGAAUCUUGACUUUGAAGGAGAGGAGUGAGAACGUGACUCAGGGAUGUGCCAACGCAGACACGGGGAGAAACUGCUUUUUUUUCAGUUGGAGGGUUCCCAUUAAAGCCAUGCAGAUGUUUUCAGUUAUCCUUGGUGUGCUUCAGGCAUUUGGUAUCUCUAGACCAGCAAACUGAGGUGCACAUCAGUGUCAAUGGGAGUUCGGUGUUGUUAAGCCUCCGUGUGUAUGUGUGUGUGUCGUUGCGGUUUUGUAGUGGUAGAGGGACUGCUACCGCUUUAUCAUUCAGUGCUAUUUUUUAAUAUCUAAUUCCUCCUCUCCCUUCUCUUUUUUCCAAAUAUAAACUCUGAAUGUACAAAACCACUUUCUGCUAUAUUUGACGCAUUCUCCACUUCUUCUUCAUCAUGACCGGGUUUUUGGUCUGGUUUGGGGUCCUGGCUUUAAUUCACUCUAAUGUCCCUUACUGGUGGGAGAGGGAUGCCCUCUGUGAUGGAGCAGCAUAGAGAGCAUCCGAGCAGUUGGGCUAAGGUGCAGGAAAAGCAUUUGCUCCCUGCGCUCCAGUUUUACAGCAUUUUUUUUUUUAAUUUACUUUUUCUUUUUCCAUCAGCCUGGCAGUUGCAAAAUGCAGAAAUGCCACUUUCUUGUCCCCUGGCUGUAAAUUAAAUGUAAGGAAGCACUUAAAAUCCAAUACCGUUAAUACACCGUAUGGUCGUGGGAGCAGCCAGGUGAGACCUGGGGCUCUCUGCCCCUGGGCUGCCUGCUCUGUUGUUCCUCCGCUUUCCUUCCUUUGAUCUCCCUGGGACUCUGUGUAGUUUUUUUUCUUCACCCCUGUCCUUGCAAAGUCUCUUCUCUCAUGGGGUAGGAUGAGCCAGGAGGAAAGUGGGAAGAUGCCUUUUCCUGCUCCCCUCCCCUGCCGCUUUGCAGGGAGAAGCUGUUAAGCAGAGAUGGUUCUCGCGCUCUCUUCACAUUUUUGGGGGGUCGUCGGGCUGCGGUGUCACCCCAGGCACACACGGGCGAGUCGGAUGACCGUGGAGCCUGGGAGGAGAGGACAAUCCAGCAGAAAAGGUCCCCUCGCAGCCCUCCGCCUUGCCGUGGGCUCAGCACGUGCUCCGGGCUCUUGGCGUCUGCAGCCGGUGCCCCGUGCCCAGCUGGGACAGGGACACGAAUCCUCCUGCCCUCGGCCGGUCCCGGCCCCUGCGGGAGCCUUUUUGUGCCUCGAACCAACCCCAAAUGACGACGGCAAGUUGUUGCUGCCUGCAAACGGGGGCAGAAAAGAAAAUAUAAACUCGCGGUGUAUGGAUGAAAGCGGCACAUCGCCAAGCAGGGCCAAAAUCAGACGGCUUUUAUGGGCUGGGGUUUUGCAAACUGGGGUUUGACUGUUGCCGACGUGGCACGGUGACUUUUGGAGUGGGAGGAGGCUGGUUUAGCCCUUCGAAAAGGAGGGGAAGCAAAAAAAAAAAACAACCCCAGGCUUGGAGGAAGGGAAAGGUGCAAAGCCUGGCUUUUCUUGCUGCUAUUCCUCUGUGAUUCCUGUGCACAUCCCUUCCAUGCUGGCUGGCUGCGAGCGCGGGACUGCGCUUGCUGCUCCGACGUGCCGUCUCUCCGUCCCCAGAGAGAAAAGGUCCCGGUGGAGGAGAGCCCUGAUCUCUCCACCCUUUGGAAAAUAAACUUUAAUUCCUGUGGAGGUAUAAGCACUAAGCCAGUGAACGGCACUGGGUGGUUGUGGUACCAAUCCUAUUGCUGCCCUGCCUGGAAAAUGGGAUUAUUGGACUUCUAACGUAGGACGAUUUUGGUUUUCCUUUUUUAUUUUCCUCUAUGUAACAGGAGAGAACCGGGCUGGACUCCUUUCCUUCCCGGCAGGGGCCAGGGCCAGGGGCUGGGAUUGUUUUCAGCACGUGCCUGGCAUCUCUCCAGCUUAGAAAGAAAGAAAGAAACCCCCUCUGGAAGGAAAACGGUGCCAGUUUUAAUGAAGAGCGGGCUGGGUCCAGCUCGGCGGGAGUCUGCAUCUCCCCUGGCCUCAGGGGGCUGCAAAAUGUUGGCGGCUGCCUUGGCGAUUGCUUAUUUAAAAAGCAAACCAGGCUUCGGCGGCGUGCCCCAGCGCGGCUGUCUUCUCCAUUUGAAGCUUUGUUUUUGCUAUUUACAGGGCUAGUGUUUUUUCUUUAAUUAUUAUAAUUUUUUUUUUAAUUAAAUGAAAGCAGAGGUCUUGCUUAAUAAUGUGGCUCUGGGCCAUCUAAAAUGUAGUGGUAACCCCCCCCCGGGCUGGCUGUGAGACCCAGUGCUACGGCUGCCUGCCCCCUUUAUACACCAUAAACCUGUGGAUGGCUCCUUAUUUUGGAAGGAUUUAAUAUUUCCCUGUGCAGAGGAAAAUUAUGCUGGGGGGGGGGGAACCCUCUCAAAGGUGUUCCUGGAGUUGCUUUAGGACUAAAAAAUAAAAAUAAAUCCUUGAAGUGACCUGUGAUGCUUCAGAUGGCAGCAAGCCCCCUUCCCGUCAAUGUGGGAUGUGUGCUGGGUGUUUUCCUCAUCUUCGGUGCCUUAAAACAGCUCCCCAAAUCGCCCGUGGGCCCCUUCAAAUAAGUUUCCUAAAAUGAAGUGUAUGGAAAUCCCUAAGGGGGAAAAAAAAAUGUAAAAAGGUAAUAAAUAAGGUGCUGAUACUUUUUUUUUUUAAUUAUAUUAUUUUCCCCCCAGUGUGCUACAUGUAGAAAUACAGAAAUUAUUUUUGUUUUGGAGAUGCUGAAAUAUAUUUAUUUAUUGUAAGAGAUGAUCUAGUUUGGAAACGCUCCGUGUUGUAAAUAAAACUGAGGGGGAAAAACAUCUACCAAGCAAAUCUGUGUUCUUUAUCACUUUGAAUCUGUGUGAUUUUGUUGUGUGUGUUGUUUUUUUUUUAAAUUGAAUUUAUUUUGGGUUCAUUUUGUGAAACUCAAGUAACAGAAAUCCAUGUCGCCGCCUCAUGGGUCCCGUCGAUGAAGUGUUGCUGUUUCCUGACAGGUUCCACCUGCCAGAGCCGUGUGUGUCUUUGCUUUUUCUCUUGUUGCCCAUUGAAAGUAAUGGGAAAAUAAUACAAUAAAAGUCUCGUUUGUCUCGC